UUGAGGAGCUGAGCAGCUCUGCUCUCUGCUGAGAGGACUAGCAGCAGCAGCAGCUCUGCUGAGAGGAGCACAGAUCCUCACUGGAGCCUGGUCCUCAGUGAUGUAGACAAACAGGAGAGCUGCUCCUUUAUUAAACAGCAGCAGGACCCAUGACCCUGACACGAGGUUCCUUCAGCUACUCCAAUGGCGAGGAGUACCACGGCGAAUGGAAAGAAGGUCUGCGUCAUGGCCUGGGUCAGCUGACCUUCAGCGACGGGACCUGCUACACCGGACAGUUUGAGAACGGCCUCUUCAACGGCUGUGGGGUGCUGGUCUUCCCCGACGGCUCCAGGUAUGAAGGAGAGUUUGUUCAGGGCAAAUUUCAAGGCGCCGGCGUCUUCACUCGCUUCGAUGGGAUGAGGUUUGAGGGCGAGUUUAAAAGCGGAUGUGUGGACGGUUACGGGGUGCUGACGUUUUUGGACGGAGGCCCCGGCGGCGGCGGCGGCGGUGGCGGCAGCGGCGGCAGCAGCCACGAGGGCCUGUUUGAGACCAACCAGCUGAUGAGGAGGGAGAACAACCAGGGAGCCGUGCAGAGAGCGCAGGCAGCGGCCGGCAAGGCUCGAGCUCUGGCUAUGUGACCCGGACUACAUCAGCCACAGUGCCCCACGACCAGGAUCCUCCUCCUCCCAUCAUCCUCCUCCUCCUCCCAUCAUCCUCCCAUCAUCCUCCCAUCAUCCUCCCAUCAUCCUCCUCUUGGUUUGAACAGCUGAUUAUUGAUGAAGAGAUUGGUUUCAUUUAGCAUGUCAGUAUUCUGGCUCCAGGUAGCUGAUGAAUAGAAUUCUCUUUGUUUAGCGUCCGAUUAGAAAACCACUGAUUCGGGAUCAGCUGAGCCAAACACAGAUUAAGUGCAGUCAACCCGCUGGUGCUAAAUGACAAAACACAACUCUGGUAUCAAAAGUGCAGACGGACGUUUUCCAGUAAACAUUGAUUUGGUGAUUAUCUUUUUUUUUUUUUUUUUUUUAAUCUGGGUUUAAAGUUACUGUGAGGAACUUUGAACUGGUUCUGAAACCGUCUCAGUUUAAUCCUGAUGCCUCUGUAUGACCUCUAUAUGACCUCUAUAUGACCUCCAUCAGUAAACAGAGCAUCAGAGAGAACACUGGCUGUUUCUAUAGAGUUAUUCUUAAUGCUCGUCAUCGGUGCCACCGGGUCGGAUUCUGGAGAAAUCAAACAAAACCAUGCAGAACCUCCUUCAGCUCAGACUCCAGCGGGGCCUCUGGCAGCGACCAGACCCAGAUCCGGCUUUGCUGCCGCCUUCGACCUGCAUUCGGAGCUCCGGCGGGAGGUGGAGAGCUCCGCGCCCGGCUGCAGCGGCUCCUCCUCCGGCCAGGACCAGAGCUUCACCUCGCUGAGAGCUGACACCACGCUGCUGGAGGCCGAGGCCUUCUUACUGGGCACGCUGAAGGAAACGGAGGCACGGGAGAACCAGAACCAGGACUGAGCGGGGC